UGAACAGUAUAAUGGUUUACAGUGUAUCUGUCUACAGAGUAGUUUAUCGAUGAUUCACAACAUAAACGUAAAGAGAUCGAAACUCAUGUAAUAGUGAACUACUUCAUAAACGUGUUAUAAGCAUUUUUCAGUUGACUCGGAAUUUGUUUAUUAACAAAAGAAAAGAAAACAUUUCUACAUUAUCGACGUUUUACAAAAAUUCUUUCCAACAGUGUUUUGUGCUAAGUAGCAUUUGAGGUCCCGUUUGCUUUUAAAAAGACAACAAAAAUGGCAGCAAUUUUACGUGUUAAACGUAGACACAACGAUGAACCAUUAAAUGCAUUGGUGAUCGCAUGUAAACGGUGUAAAACUACUGAAAAUGAUGAGAUUGAAAAUGCGACUGAUUUAGCACCAGUAACCGCGGUUGUAAAAUUUGCUGGAACAAUCACGAAUCAGAACGAAGAUGUCAUCGAACAUUUAGUGAAGACUGUGGGUAAAAAUGAAUUAAAAGCAAAUUAUAAGCGGCAUGUUGUGGAUGUUAAGAAUGUAAUACGCGAAAGAACUAAACAAAUAUCUAUGGAAAAUAGAUAUAAAGUCGUUAAUUGUUGUCGUUCUUUGGAUACAUUAAAUACUAAUGAGUUAGAAGAUACUAUGACUGUAAUAGAUGUUGAAGACUCUCUUUCAUGUUCGACUACAAAAAACGUAGAUUCUGAAACAUUGGAAAAUUUUGUAUACGAUUUAUAUUAUACUCAAACUGGUAGUGAUAUGAUAAUAGAUGAUCUUGUAUCCGUUCAUGGUUUUGAACAAGAAUUUGUAUUUGAUAUGUUUAAAGAUGAAGAUGAUUCCAGUAAUGGAUAUGAAACUGAAGAUUCCAAUUCAGAAUCUCAUUGGUGGAACGAUUAUCCGGAUACUGAACAUUCAGAUUUAUCCGUAGAUGAAGACGAUAUGAGAAGAGCUGUUAUGAAAAUUAACCUAGAUGAUGAUGAAUCAUCGGAUCUUUCAAGCGAAGAUGAUUUUAUAUGUGCUAUAAAUAAGAAAGAUGUGGAACAAUAUGGUUAUAAAUAUGCACAAUAUAAAGCAAAAAUAAAGCAAGAAUUAAGUGAUACUGAAAGUGAUUCAAGCGAUGAUGUUUCUGUAUCACGAAUUUUGUGACGAUGAUCACGAUAUUAUAUCCUUAAAAAAAUUAUCAUAUAAAGUUGUGGAAUAAUUAUGAUCAUAUGUCCUUGAUUAAUAUACCAAUAGAUUUGUAUUUGUAGCAGAUAAUUUUUAAAAUGUGUAAGUCUUAUGAAUUUGAUUGCAUUCCAGAAAAUGAAUUAAAAAAUUAUUUUCAUUUAUACUUUUUCUAUAUUAGUGUGACAAGUGUGACAGUGUUGUGACAGUAUGCCUAGAUUAUUUUAUUAUAGUAAUGUAUAUCGCUUGAAAUAAAACAAAAAAUAUUUGAA